AUGGAUUCAAAUUACACAAGACCGUUUCGGCUGCCCACAGACUACAAAUACAUUUUGAAAUGGACACAGGCGUUCGCGCAUCACACCUCCUUAGUCUUUCGAAACGGACAAAAAGCAUUCUUGGACAACAACUGUUCCUAUUCUAAUUGUUAUUUUACCAACGACAAAAGUCUCUUGAUAGAUUUGAGAAAUUUCGACGCGAUUCUUUUCGACGUUGAGAAUAAUUGGGAUAGUCAUCCACCAGGGCGUUCCUCUCACCAAAAAUAUAUUUUCAAAGCGUCAGAAUCGGCAGCCCAUUACCCAGUUUGCAGUCGUUUUUACGACAAUUAUUAUAACUGGACGUGGACUUAUAAAUUGGACUCAGAUAUCCGCUGGUCCUACGUCACUAUUCUAGAUAAAGAAGACAAUGUUGUUGGUCCAAAGAUCAAUAUGACCUGGAUGUCGCCAAUGGGUUCCACGCCCGAUAUAGUUAAAAAGAAAUUGGUGAAAAAAAGGCGCGCCGUCGCCUGGUUUGUGUCGAACUGUCAAACGAAAGAACGGCGUGUUAUCGCUGAUAAUUUAGCAGAGUCCUUAGAUAAAUAUAAAUUAAAAGUGGAUAUCUAUGGAUGGUGCGGUAAUCGAACGUGUCCUAGGAACAGACUAGAAGACUGCUUAGACCUAUUACAGAAGACGUACUACUUCUAUCUGUCGUUUGAGAAUUCGUGGGCUGAGGACUACGUGACGGAGAAAAUUUUCCAUCCGUUACUACAUUAUACGGUACCGGUGGUGUACGGCGGAGCUGAUUAUACAAGGUUUCUUCCUCCUGGGUCGUACAUUGAUGCGGGGAAAUUGAAUUCAGAUGAAGUUGCCUCCCUCAUUUCGACUGCCAUAAAGGACAGACAUGUGUAUGAGGAAUACUUUAGAUGGCACAACCACUACGUGUACAAGGAGAGUCCUCCGAAGGCAGAUAUUUGCGAAUUAUGUAGACGACUUAACACGGAAGAGAAGCAAUCGACAGUUGGGAACUUCAGAAAAUGGUGGAACCCACGAUACAAAGAGAUAUGCAGACGCGGUCCACAUUUUACUGAUUUGAAAUUUUAUUAA